AUGGAUUUACUUGCUGAAAUCGAAGGCAUCAAGGGUUUCAGCGUUCUCGCUCUCGAUUGGGUCGCUGAGGACGAUGUACCUACUCUUCCGAUUGAGCAUCUGGGAAACCCCUCCAAUACAGACUCGCUCACUGCACGAGUUGCUUGGAAUGUUGAUCAGAACAAGCUCGUCGGUGAUGCAGUUCGUCGCUCAGCCGCGAAGUUCCCAUUGAAAGUUAUUGUUCGUGUUCUGCCCUAG